AGACGUUACUUGACAACUAGCAGCAUACAAUUCAAUUCCUCGUUGGUACUUCUAAGUUUUCACGAAAUUUUGUCUACAAAAAAUGCAACAUUUUUGUACACGGUUCGCUCCGGCCGCGGUUCGGGUUGCUCCACCGACGAGCGACCAGACUAUCAAAUGUAAAAAUGUCUGGGUCCGGAAGAAUGUGCGAUUUGUCAUGCAGCUUUUCCAUGAUCUAUGAGGUCUGGAAUGCAGGAGCUAGCGUGACAGAUUCUGUGCGAUCUCUCUCAUGCCUAUCCUGCAUGGGAAACUCCCUCCCGACUUGGUCAAAACUGGACGAUUUUUGGUAAUCACGCAACACAGAUUUUUGCAUGCUUCAGAUCUAGCAUGACAGGUUGCAUUCUUCCAGACCCAGACAUUUUUGCAUUUGAUACAGACUGGUUGGGAGCAAAGUUCGGGAUCUUCCUCGUCUUCCUCGUCUUCUUCCCGACCUCGGGCGGAGCACUUCGUUUCUGAUGCAUCUUUAAAGUCUAGUACUUUUGACUGCUCGCGGACCAGGCGCUCCUUCUCCCGUCCUACCAGCUUACUCGAUUUUUGUGACGAGUUUGCCCUACAACGCAGCGCAGGUUUAUUUUCCGCGGCACACAAUAAGAAUUUCGUUCUUUGCGAGGUGAAGAACGAAACCGCGUCCGACCACGGCAGCGUUUCGUUCGACCCGAACCAUGAGGAUCGUAGUAAGACCAAAAGUAAAACCUCUAACGGCGACGCCGCACUACAGCUCGACCGCGGAAUUUUCAUCCGCGAAAGCACGCUGCAGUUUGAAGACAAGUACCAAAUGGCGAAGGAGGGGCAGAUCGGUGAGGGCGGAUUCGGUGCGGUUUUCAAGUGUAAGCACAAGGGCACGGGCGUCCUGCGUGCGGCGAAGCGGAUCCCCAAGCACGUGCUGCAGAGCGACUGGGCGAUGUUCGAGAACGAAGUGAAAUCGCUGAUCGCACUGGACCAUCCGCACAUCGUGAAACUCUUGGAGUACUUCGACGAUGGAAAAGACGUCGUUUUGGUGUUCGAGCUCUGUCAGGGACCGGACCUCUUCGACCGGAUAGUAGACGUGUUGAAAACCAAAAACCGGUUCAACAAGCAGGAAGCCGGGAGACUGCUUCGCCACAUGCUGAAGGCGGUUUUCUGCUGCCACUCGCUCGGCAUUGUGCACCGCGACAUCAAGCCGGAGAACUUCAUGUUCGCCAGUGUCGAUCGGAACGCGAGCUUGAAGCUGAUCGACCUAGGGUUGUCCGCGAGGAGUAGCGGCGAGUCCGAUCUCGAGGGGCAGCGGGGCACCGUCGCGUACAUGCCGCCGGAAAUGAUUGCCGGGGGCAAGUACGACCGCAGAGUGGACAUCUGGGGCUUGGGCAUCAUCCUCUACAUCAUGCUGGCCGGUGAGCCGCUGUUUUCCCUCGGCGCGGAGGAGGAAGAAGUCAAGCAGCAGAUCCUGGAUCCGCGGUAUCUAUCGAAGAAGCUGAAAAAGAAAAAGAAAAACAUGGACCCCGACGGGUACGAUUUAUUGGAAAAAAUGUUGCAGCGCGACCACACGAAGCGCAUCGACGCGAGGGUGGCCUUGGAGCACCCGUUUAUCCAGAAGAGCUACGACCCACCAGAAGGCAGGCAGAACAGCAAAGGCGGAGCAGGAGUGCCGACGAGGGUACUGGAGUUUGCUUUCUUUUCUUUUGCGCGGUUUCAUUGUGUAUAACCUUAGCUCCAUAUGCUAAUGUGAAAGUAAAUUACUACAAACUUUGUCAUCAGCUCCCGUCCGGCCAGCGGCGUUUGCACAUGGAUGAAGUGAUGAAGAAUAUGCGGGAAUUCGCACAACUCCCACUCCUGAAACGCGCGGCCCUCAUUGUGCUCGCGCAUCUGGCCGGCACCGACACGGACGACCUUGCACCGCAUAGGCUGACUUUCCGGGCGCUGGAUAAGGACGGGUCUGGAACCUUAUCGAUGGAAGAAUUCGUGAACGCAGUGCGCUCGGAGGGCGGCAUAGACUUUGAACUGCCACACGAUUUCGAGGUUGAGGUGUGGCCCCGGGUCGACUUGAACCAGAGCGAAGACAUCAACUUCACCGAGUUCUUGGCGGCCACGCUCGACUGGCGUUCCUUCAACGAAGCGCAUUAUUUGGCGGUGUACCAGGUAAGGGAUUGGAUGUGGCAUAAGGAAAGUUCAGAACAAAGGAAGUGUGCGUGGUUCAAUAUAUUUUUCUGCGGAACUCGUAUCUGUCUGAAACUGAAACCCCCUCAGGUUCUCGACGCCGACGGCAGCGGUUGUGUGGAUGUGCAGGACAUGCGUGUGAUUUUUCCCAACAACACUUUGGAGGAGCUCAACAAUAUGAUGCGGGAGGUCACCCCAGAUGGUCGGCUCACUUUUGAACAGUUUCUGGCAGCCAUGCGGCGCUGAUUAUCCAAGAAAAAAACUGUGUAAGUGUAAAUUUGUGUUGCAGAACGUGCAACAGAGUUACACCUGUCAUGCCAGGCUGCCAUGAAGUCCUCUUUUCAUGUGUGUUUUCACUUACAAGCUACGCAUGACAGGUUUUCUCUGUCAUGUAGCGCAAAUUUGUGAUGCUGCUCCUCAAAGAAAGUUACACUUACACACUUUUUUUCCUGGAUACUGAUCUUGAAUGAUGCAUUAAAGAAAUCUUAUAAUUUCGGUGUCUUUCCUCGACACGGAUUGCAGUGGUAAUCUACUGUCGUGUCAGAGUUGGUUAUCAUUCUUGGGGCCAAAUACAAGAUAGGUUUUUUGCGGUUUCAAAUGUAUGAAGAACUUUUUCGCGUUGUACCAUGGGUAUCAAAUCCCACGAGACGUUCGCAUUCAUUGCGUGUACGCCGGAGUUGCUGUUGGCCGUAUUUUCUUGUGCCAAGCUAGCAGCAUCUUGAUUUUGAAAAACUUUGUACCGAUUGUAUGAAUCUCAGCUCGAAGUGAUUGAAUGUAGAUACAUAGAGGAAGUCAAAGAAUCCAGAACUACAACAUUCUGCACUCUGUGGCUCAGGAGGUC